AUGGAGAACUUCCCACCAGAGCCAGGCCUACCUACAGAUGGCAGUGAACCGCACGUUCCUGAGAUCUAUCUGUUUUCAAAUCUUGUCCCUGGCUUUGAUUUGAGACGAAAGAAAUGGGUUGAUGUUGAGGUCGACCAGAUUCGGGACGUGGCCUGGAACGAUCAAGCCUUCAACAGUCUGGUGGCUGAUGAAGACAUGAAGAUGCUCAUUCUUGCACUUGUCACCAACCAAAUCGAUGCCAAGCGAGGUACAGACGUUAUCGAUAACAAAGGAAACGGCCUCAUUAUGCUGCUUCAUGGCUCUCCGGGCACCGGAAAAACAUUUACAGCCGAAUCUGUCGCCGAAAUAGCUAAAAAGCCUUUGUACUCGGUAACUUGUGGCGAUAUAGGCACGGAUCCUGCUGAGGUUGAGAAGUAUCUCGAGUCCGUUUUCCACCUCGGCAAGAUCUGGGACUGCGUCGUGCUCCUCGAUGAAGCCGAAGUCUUCCUCGAGCAACGUACUCUACAAGACCUCCAACGAAACGCACUUGUCUCCGUGUUUUUGCGCGCUCUAGAGUACUACGAUGGGAUCUUGAUUCUCACGACAAACCGAGUGGGUACCUUCGACGAGGCGUUCAAGUCUCGAAUUCAGCUGGCGCUCCGGUACCAAAGGUUGGAGGCCUACCAACGCAAGCAAAUCUGGAAGAACUUCUUCGAGCGGCUCAAGAGCAUUGGAGAGGAGGACAGCAUUGACUUUGACGAUGUUUCGCUGCACAUAGACGAGCUUACCAAGCACCCCAUGAACGGACGACAGAUCCGGAAUACGAUCACCACCGCGCGGCAGCUCGCUAAGUUUAUGGGGAAGAAGAUGGUAUUUUCGCAUCUGCAACGAACCAUCGCAAUCACGAACAAGUUUGACGAGUACUUGGCUGACGUUCGGGAAGCUGAUGUGGAGGAACAUGGUGGAAGAGGCUUGGAUGGCAGGUACUCUGACGAGUCUUUUGCUCGAUCUGAUCAGAUACGAUAG